AGUAUUCAUUGCAUGACAGUAUUACGGUUCAAAACAACAAGUUUAGUUUACCGGCAAAGUAUUCUCGUUUAAUUAAUUUCAUUUCUGUCAAUGGAUUUAGUCUCGUUGUGCUGAUCAAGUCGUGUUCGAUCAUUCGAUGUAAACGAUGUCGAAAAAGCAAGCGAUAAUUAAUAAGUUCUUUCAGCCGAAAACGAAAGACUAUGUUUUGUCAUCCGUGCCGCUUCGAAUUAAACCACGGAGCUUGCAAGGAGUCAGAAAUAAACAAAAUUUGCAGAGAUCUUCCGUUGUAAUAUCACUGUUGAGCAGUGAUGAAGAAGAUGGGGUAACCAGUGUAAAUGAGGAAACUGUGAACGAUUCGUCUUUAAAUUCAACAAUAAAUGAAUCGUCCGGUAACAACGAAACGGUCAGCGAAGCCUCAACUUCAACAAACGAGGCAUCAGUCGAAAUUUCGCUAGCCGAUAAAUCUGACGAGCUGGUGACAACAGAUGAUUUUCUGGAAGUGGUUCUUCAAGAAGAAAACGGUUCGUCAGACAAAAAGGAAAAUCCAACGCCGAAAGAAGAAUUCACCGACUACAAAUUAAGCAGUUUCCUGUCAAUGAUCGAUUGGGUUUUGAAUGACGACUCGAAUUACCAUUUGUUCAACGAGGACGAUUGGACCGUAAUCGAAAAUUUCAAGUCCAUGUCAGUUCCAUCACAACGCCUCUAUGUUCGACUGUAUGUGAGAAAACAUCGAUGGAUAAGAACGUCCAAAAUCAGUUAUCCCGAAAUUGGAGACAGUUUGCAAGAAAUGUUCGAUGAAUUGGUUGUAAAGCGACUACUUCUACCUUGUAAUGUCAUCGACAAUCUUGAAGAAGUCCUGGAACUGUUGGAUCCGGCAGAGUUGAAGGCAUGCGCGAAAUCUAUAAACGGCAUUAGCUUAAGUAAAAUGACGUCGAAACAGUCAUUGAUGGACGCAAUAAAGAAACAUGCUAAAUCAAGUCGAUCAAUUCAAAACUACUUCUCCAAAAAAGUUUCGUCGGUGGAACAAACUAUUUUGCAUUACGUGAAGAAGAUGCUUGGUUCAACUGCGUUUUGUAUUGACGAAAAUUCCGGGCGACUGUUUUCAAGGAUGUGCUACCUGUACUAUCCACCACAAGUCAAUGAGGAUGAAAAUGCAGCCAUUCUAAGCCAGCAGUUGUUCAAUCAAUUGAAGGUAGAAAAUGGAGAACUUACCUAUCCGACGUACACUAUCAACAAAAAAGAUGUCAUUUAUAAGACUAGAGACGAUCUUGUAUUGUACGAAAUUGCCUGCCGUUUGGAAAAUAAGAUUUUGGUCGGAAUCGAAAAGAAAAAUUUUGAUUGUCUAGUCUCGCAACACUUGCCAGAAGCUGAGUCUCAAUUUCAUAAAAUAUUUUCGAAUCAAAAACACGCUGCCGAUUUGUUACUUCCGAAUUAUCUACGUAAUCAAACUGCUGGUCACAUAUUUACCCGUUGUUUAAACCAUCUAGUUGCCGUACUUGAGCAACUCAAAGAUCAUGCAAGAGCUGUUGAAGUCUUACGGCUUAUAUACCUGCAGGAAGUAUAUUGCCAACAUUAUAAAGGCAAGUGGUUGGAACGGCUGGCAAUUGAUUUAGAUAAACAUUUGAAACAGCCCGCAGAGGCACUGGAAAUGAUUGUCAAUGGUUUAAAAGACCCACACGUUAAAGUUGGGUUUCGUUAUUCUGUCUAUCAGCGUGGACAACGACUGGCAAAGAGCCUGAAUCCCAAAAUCGCUGCCACCUUCAGUAACUGUUCAGAAUUCGAUGUGGAAAAAUUUCCGGAAAUAACAAUCACCGCCGAAGCUCUAGCCAGAAAUGUGAACGGUCGAAAAAAUAUUUUCACAACUACCAAUCAAGAUGGGGACAUUACAUGCAUUCCCGUGGAAGAAGCUGCUCUUCGUCACUAUAAAUGCAACGGUUACACAAAAGGACUUCAUUCGGAGGGUAUCGUUUACCACGCCCUUUUGAAUCUAUUGAUGUGGAACAUCAUCUAUUCCGAUGUGCCGGAUGCAUUCCGAACAUGCUAUCAGUCUCAGCCGCUUGAUUUGUCAUUUGAAGAUUUCUAUCGUCGCCGAGCAAAGCACAUUGACGAUCGGCUUGAUGAAAUUCGCAACUUUUCACCGUCAGAAUUGGAAUCGAAUUUGGACCAGGUUUGGACGGAUAAUCAUGGCACGUCUUGCCUGAUAUCAUGGGAUGCUCUGGAUAUUGAAAGCUUAAAGGAAAUCGCUAUUUGUAUGGGAAAUGAGGUGAUUGUUGCAAUAUUGAAGCGAUUGUGCAGUCAUCUGCGGUUCACUCAGAGUGGUUUUCCGGAUCUGCUGAUUUGGAAUGCUGAAACUGGAAUUAUAAAAGCUGCAGAAGUAAAGGGACCGAAUGAUAUCCUGUCUUCCAAACAAAUUCUGUGGAUAGACUACUUUAAUGCUAAUGGAUUUCCAGCCGAAGUUUGUUACGUGAAGUCAGAUAGAAAUGGAAAAAGGAAGUGAGGAUUUGAUCAACAGGGAAGGCUUUGUGAUAAUAAACGUAAGUUAGAAUACCUUUAAGUUGUUAGUUAUAUUGUUAUGCAAAGCACAACAUUUUCGCAUUAAAUACAUCGAAACAAGUAUAAAA